AUGAGCUCCGAGCCCAGGGAGCUGCUCGGAAUCGACCCCAACGAGCUCCGCUUCGCCUUCGAGUUACAGAAGCAGAUCUCGUGUUCACUGCAUCUGACAAACAGAACAGACCAAUACAUCGCCUUCAAGGUUAAGACAACGAGCCCAAAGAAGUACUGUGUCCGGCCAAACAACGGCAUUGUGGCACCGCGAUCCACAUUCGACGUUCUCGUAACCAUGCAAGCACAGCGGGAGGCGCCGCCGGAUAUGCAAUGCAGGGACAAGUUCCUUGUGCAGAGUGCCGUGGUCAGCCAGGACAUCGCACCCAAGGAUAUCAACGGAGACAUGUUCACCAAAGAAUCGGGCAAUGUGGUGGACGAGGUGAAGCUGCAGGUUGUUUAUGCUCCACCGUCGAAACCGACAUCCGUAAAUGAGGGCUCUGAUCAGGAAAGUCUGGGCAGUUGGAGUUAUCAAGAGACAACAAGAGAACUUGCAGAACCAGAAACAAUACCGUCUGACCCCUUGGCUUUAAUUUUGAAGUUGAUGAAGGAGGAGAAGAAUUUUGCCGUUCAAGAGAACAAUAAGCUUCGAGAGGAACUGCGUCUCCUAAGACGGGAAAUCAGCAGGCAGAAUGUCGGUUUCUCGCUACUUUUCGUACUCGUGGCCGCUAUUCUGGGCGUCCUCCUAGGCUUUUUCAUGAAGAGAUGA